ACACAAUGACCUCAUUUACGUCCGGAGAUCAGUUCAUGUUCUCAUCGGACUCGAGCGACGAUGAGGAAGAAUUGAUGAUGAUGGUCGCCAUCGAGGAGGAAGAGCUUCGGACCCAAGGUCGCACUCGUCAUCGGGGCUCAGUCCUAGGACAUGCGGUCAUAGAUCGUGGGCACCAGGAAGGGGCUGCAAGGCUAUUUCGGGACUACUUCAGCAACAACCCAGUGUAUGGUGAUAUACUGUUCCGUCGUAGGUUUCGGAUGAGUCGGGCUUUGUUCUUGAGAAUAGCCACUGCUGUGGAGAACCACGACCCAUGGUUUCGCCAGAAGAGGGAUGCCACUGGGAAACUGGGGCUAAGCCCCCUUCAAAAGAUGACAGCUGCCAUACGGCAACUGGCAUACGGAGUCAGUUCUGACGCAGUGGAUGAGUAUGUUCGGAUUGGGGGUAGCACAGCGAUGCUUGCCCUGACAAAGUUUGUGGAAGCUGUUGUCUUCCUUUUCUCCGAUGAGUACCUACGCUCUCCCACCGCGGAGGAUACUGCCCGACUGUUAGCCAUCGGCGAGCAGAGAGGGUUCCCUGGGAUGCUAGGUAGCAUCGAUUGCAUGCAUUGGGUUUGGAAGAACUGCCCGAAAGCAUGGCAUGGCGCGUAUACCGGUCAUACGCGCAAACCCUCUAUAGUUUUGGAGGCGGUUGCGUCGUACGAUCUAUGGAUAUGGCAUGCUUUCUUUGGAAUGCCCGGUAGUCUAAAUGACAUAAAUGUUUUGCACCGCUCUAACAUUUUCAGCAGGCUCACGGACGGGACUGCCCCUCCUGUGUCGUACACCAUAAACGGUACCACGUACGACAUGGGCUACUACCUAGGUGAUGAAAUUUACCCUGAAUGGGCGACCAUAGUAAAGCCUAUCCCAUCACCAAGGGGGAACAAGAGCGUGCUGUUCUCCGCCAUGCAAGCAGCAGUUCGGAAAGAUGUAGAACGCGCAUUUGGCGUCCUGCAGUCGCGGUUCGCCAUAAUUCGGGGUCCAGGAAGAAUUUGGGAACAACGCACACUACACAACAUUAUGACCGCUUGUAUCAUAAUGCACAAUAUGAUAAUUGAGGACGAGAGAGGCGGCACCGAUGUGGAUGAGGUGUUUGAAUAUAUGGGCGAGAAAGCGACAAUCGAGGGUCGUGAUGCAGAUCAAGCCGUGCUCCAAUACAUAGAAGCAACUGAAGCAAUUAGGAACCGGGCAAUACACCACCAAUUGCGUGAUGAUUUGGUGCACCACAUAUGGAGUCGCCAUGGAGCUCAAUCUUGAGGCAAAAAGGUUCCGCCCAUCUGUACUGUCUACUUUCGAACGUCUCUUUAGUAAUGUUCGGUCUAGUCGAAGCGUCUUCAUUGUAAUGUCAGUUUAUGGUAGUUCAAUUGCAAUGUAAGGUACCGAUAAAUUAUGAACUCUUUCUAUCGUGACUAUGGCCCUAUUGCACAUACCGAUUGAAUCGAGAGAUCGAUGACACAUACUCAGGGCUACUCCAAACAGGAGGAAACAUAUACUGCUCAUAAUGUAGCAACGUCAAACAAAGGAUUUCUAGUCCAAACACAAGCAAACCCAAGCAAACGCGAAACAAGCAGGCGACAAAAGCAAAAAAAUUCAGAGUUCUAGUCCAAACACAAGCAAACCCAAGCUGU